AUGGAGCAUCUCGACGACGAACUGGAUCUGCGCUACCACAAGGGCCUCGACCCGGACGUCUACUACCGCUGCCCUACACUUGAAUCACUUGAGGGCGCCCUGCGCAACGAGCUGGACAAGAGUUCAGCCAGCUUCGUCCCUACCCAUGUCGUGACAGAGUUCAUCUUCGCGCCUGCUUCUACCAUCACCAUUCCCGUGACCCAGCAACUGCAUCUUGAUGCCCUGAUAGAGCCCGCCGACCACCUCCAGAGCAUCGCCGUCGAGUACGCCCUGUGCAGCGACAUCCAUGGCAAGGAGAGGCUCCGUGUCCAGCGAGCCAUUGCCAGGUCCAUCAUUGCAGCCAUCCAGGAGACGGAUGGCUUUGAGUAUUCCGAGCGCUCAGUCCACAGCAAAGCCGGCGGCGAUGGCGCGAGGCUCAGGUAUGUAUGUCGAGAUAGCCUUCAGAACAGAUAUCGCAAAAGCAACACCAAGAAAGAUGCGUCACAUGACUCUGAUGGAAGUGAUCUCGACCCCGGAAAGCAGGCGCCUGGCAUGCUGCCCACCUACGACUGCGGCGGCGCCAUACACGUCAAGUUCUCCCUCAAGCGGCGGGCAAUCAACGUUGUGUAUAAGCAUAACCCCAUCCAUACAGCGCGUCCAGCUAGCGACAGCCCCCCUCUGCCGGCCAUCGGUGAUUAUGUUGAUGACGUCGCUCCUCCAGCUGCUCCCGCCCCGGAAAAGCAGCCACCACGAAAAAGAAAAAGAAGCAAAAGAGCCGAGGUCGAAGUGAAUGAUGAAAACCGGAAUGACAACCUUGACAUGACAAGUUUUCCAGAACCCCAGAAACCAUUGGCAAAGAAGCGCAAAAAGGAAGGUGCUACACAAUUACCUAAGCCCGCGCAAGCAGUAUCCCCCAAGCAAAGCAAAAAGGCGAAAUCGCUCGCGUCAACCGCAAAACCGCAAAAGAAGGCCUCUGUCGCCGCCAACUCAAGGGUGUCGUUGCCGUUGCCACCCAGUAACAAGGCUUGCAUUCGCUGUCGUGAAAGGAAGAUCAAGUGCGACAAGUCGGCUCCAACCUGCAACCAGUGCCAACGAGGACUAUGGACAUGUCAGUACGAGGUUCUGGCCAAGAAGAAACGGUCCAGAAAUGGCUGUCAAAACUGCAAAGACCGAAAACGCAAAUGCACAGAAGAGCGACCAUCGUGCGCACAUUGUUUGCGUCUGGAUGACGACUGUGAAUAUGCAACAUACCCUUGA